AUGGCUUCGACAAAACUCAUCGUCGGCCUCGCUGACGCGGAAGACUGGGCGUCCCGCGCGGUUCGGCGCGUGACGGUGCACGCGGACUAUCUCAAGGCGACGAAGCAGGCGUCGGGGGACGUGGUUGCGCUGGCGCGGGCAGGAGGGGUUGCUGAGGAUGCGGCAUUUGCUAUUGGAGUGCUGUGGCCUUCGUUAGAUAUUCCACCGAACUCUGUGAAAGUUUCUCCGUCUAUUCUCGCUACCGCCCGUCUUUCCGAGAACGCUGAGGUGCGCGUGUAUGCGCUGUCUGGGACGCUCAAGACCGCGGCUGGCGUACCCUCGCUGCGGCACGCGCAAGACGCGGGUACGAUCCGGUUCAGGGAGAUCUCGGAUCCUGCCACGAUCGCGUCGACGUCUGCGCGCGACGCAAAGGACGGGAAGCGGAGGGGCUGGUUGGCGCUGUUGGUGCGGGAGCACGCUGUGAAUCUGAAGUAUAUUCUUCCGACGCAGAUUGUCGAGCUGCGGUACGAGGGGCAGCUGCGGCGCUUCGAGGUCGAGAGUAUCACGCCGAUGCAAGUCUCUGCCGCUAGCUCCGCGAACGAUCUCGCGCAGAGUGUGCAGGCGCUCUCGAUCAAGACACCCGCGCCGCAGAUAUGGACGGUGGGAUGGGACGUGGCGGUGCAUAUCGUCGACGCUGAUGCGGAUGCCUCUGGCGAGCUGGCACACAAGCCAGAGGUCGAAGCGCUCCAAGCCCAAUCGAGCGAAGCCGCAUACGCCAAGGUCGGCGGACUCGAUACCACGAUCGCGCAGAUCCGGGACCUGCUCGAGAUACCGCUCACGCGGCCGGAUCUGUUUGCUCAUUUCGGUGCGCCGCUCCCUGACUUCACACAUCAUACGCGCGCGUUUUCGACCCGUGUCUGGGCUGACCCUCAUCCAGGCCUCAAGCCCCCGCGCGGCAUUCUGCUACACGGUCCCCCAGGGACCGGAAAAACGCACCUCGCGCGCGCGAUAGCGGCGUCGACGCGCUCCUCCGUGCUCGUCGUGAACGGGCCGGAGCUCUCGUCCGCGUACCACGGCGAGACGGAGGCGAAGCUGCGGGACGUGUUUAGGGAGGCAAGGGAGAAGAGCCCGUGUAUUGUUGUGCUGGACGAGCUGGAUGCGCUUGUGCCGAGGCGGGAGGACGCGGGCGGGGGCGAGGUGGAGAAGAGGGUUGUUGCUACGCUGUUGACUGUUUUGGAUGGGAUGGAUGGGGAUGGUGGGAGUGGGAGGGGGAAAGGUGGACAGGGUGGGGGAGGAGGGGCGAAGGUCGUGGUGAUCGGGACGACGAACCGCCCGAACGCGAUCGAUCCGGCGUUGAGAAGACCUGGGAGGUUCGAUCGCGAGUUCGAGAUAGGCGUCCCAGACGCAGCCGCGCGCCUCUCCAUCCUCCAGGUACUCCUCUCCAACACCCCACACACCCUCUCCCCCUCCGACCUACACACCAUCGCGUCCCGCGCACACGGAUACGUCGGCGCCGAUCUGAGCGCCGUCGUCCGCGAAGCAGGCACACUCGCCAUCAAGCGGUGGACGCAUUCCCCCUCCCCCACCGCCCGCGCAGACCCACUCACGCUCACACUCACCGCCGCCGACCUCCUCACCGCGCUCCCCACCGUGCGCCCCUCCGCGCUGCGCUCCGUGUUCGUCGAGAGCGCACCUGUGCGUUAUAGCGACGUCGGCGGACAGGCGCCCGUGAUCGCGCGGCUGCGCGAGGCGGUCGAGUGGCCGCUGUUGCAUCCGGAGGCGUUCGCGCGGCUCGGUGUGCGGCCGCCGAGGGGGCUGCUGUUGUAUGGCCCGCCGGGGUGCAGUAAGACGGUGCUGGCGCGGGCGUGUGCGACGGAGAGCGGGGUGAAUUUUGUGGCUGUCAAGGGGCCUGAGUUGUUGAACAAGUUCGUGGGCGAGUCGGAGAGGGCGGUGCGGGAGAUAUUUAGGAAGGCGAGGGCGCUUGCGCCGUGUAUUAUUUUCUUUGACGAGAUAGAUGCGCUCGGCACCUCGCGCACGUCUGGCGGCGGCGGCGGCGGCGGCGCGGCGCACGAAGGCGUGCUCACGAGCCUGCUGAACGAGAUGGACGGCGUGCAGGAGCUCGUGGGCGUGACGAUUAUCGCAGCGACGAAUCGGCCGGACGUCAUCGACUCGGCGCUGAUGCGCCCCGGGCGGCUGGACCGCAUUUUGUACGUCGGGCCGCCGGAUUUGGCUGGGCGGGAGGAGAUUUUGCGGAUCCGGACGGGCGGGAUGAGUGUGCAGCCGGGGUUGGACGUUGCGGAGAUUGCGAAGAUGACGGAGGGGUGUAGUGGUGCGGAGAUUUCGGCGCUGUGCCAGGAGGCGGCGUUGAUUACGAUGAAGGAGGACAUUGAUGCGGAAUAUGUGUCGCAAGAUGCGUUCUUUACCGCCGCGCGUGCUAUCAACAGGCAGAUAACACCAGAUGUGAUACGAAAGUUCGAGCAGUGGCGAGAGCGCAACGGUCUGAAAGACAUGCUUAAGACGUAG